AGAUAGCAUCGCUUUGAAAGCGGGGUUAGUUGGCUGAUAAGCAAGAAUUGCUUGUGAUCACGAAGUUCAAGACUAGCAAGACGCGUCCGGGGAAGUAACUACUCAACAUUGGUCUUGUGACAGCGGGUGAUUAAUUGUUAAAUUGGUAGCAGGGAUUUUGUUGAUUGAAAGAGUGCAUUUUCCAGGAAGAGUCAAGCAAUCCUUGGUAGUAGCAGUGGUUGUGAUAGAAGAAAAGAAAUACCAAAAUGAAUCGCUUUCGGACUUCAAAAUUUAAGAACACGUCUGCAAGGGUCAGCAAGAAAGAGAAUUGGAUUGGUGAUAUCCGAGCUGGAUCUGCUGUUUCCUAUGGGAAUCUCAUCAAAUCUAGCUACCAUCGGAUUGCCUUCAGUACUGACUGUACAGGAAUUUUGGGAAUUUUACCUCUACAGACCACAGAUGGAAAGGCCGUCUCUCAUCUGCACUGCCAUGCAGAUGUGGUGACUGAUUUUGACUUCUCUCCAUUUGAUGAUUUCCUGCUGGCCACGUGUUCUGCAGAUGAGACUGUGAAACUUUGGCGUCUUCCAAAACUGGGGGAGGAUAUGACUUCCUCUGCAGAUAUUGUUUUGGGUCCAGAGGGGUGCCAUGUUGAAACUCUUAAAUUUCAUCCUGCAUGUGAUGGAGUACUUGCAUCUGCAAAUGGAAAAAUUGCAAAAAUUUGGAAUCUUAUUCAGAAGAAAACUUUUGCAGUAAUGGAAAACCAUGGUGAUCAGAUCCAGAGUGUGGCUUGGAAACAAGAUGGUUCCCUGCUGGGCACAUCCUGCAAGGAUAAGAAUUUGCGAAUCUUCGACCCAAGAACAGGACCUUCUGCUACACAGAGUACACAGGGUCAUGCAAAUAAUAAAGACUCCCGUUUGAUCUGGAUCAAUGACAGUGGAACCCUUUUGUCGAGUGGUUUCAGUCAGAUGAGGGAGCGUGAGGUGAAGUUAUGGGACAUGAGGUCGUUUAAGAGCUCCAUAUCCUCACUCAGUCUGGACACAUCGCAAGGGGUCAUCAUGCCUGUCUUUGAUGUGGAUACUGGAUUGCUCAUCUUAGCUGGAAAGGGGGAUAAUGUGCUAUACUGCAUUGAAGUGUGUGCAUCUCCACCUUCUCUUAGUCAAGUGAACCAGAUCCUGAUGGAGGGCAAGACCAGAGGCAUUGGUCUGAUUCCCAAACCAGCCAUUGAUGUGAUGUCUUGUGAAGUGCUACGGGCCCUUCAGCUCACAGAUACUUUCAUUGUUCCGAUCAGCUAUGAGGUACCAAGAAAGUCUCACCAGGAAUUCCACACAGACCUUUUCCCUGAUACAGCUGGAAACAUCCCAUCCAUGACAGCAGAGGAAUGGUGGAAUGGAGCCAACAAACAGGUGGAGAAAGUAACUUUGCACCCAGCAAGAAGUUCCAGGAAGCCAUAUAUCUCCAUCUGUGUCCCAAAACCUCAAGCAGAGGAGAAAAAGACAAAAACCUCCAUUAAACCAGAGACUAAGGAACUUCCUCUGGAAGCUAUCAGAACCACUGAGAGCAGCCCUUCCUCUCCAAGCAGUUCUGUAGUAUCACCAUCCACACCAUCCAGUCUUGUCCACUCAUUGUCUACAACAAGUGGCCUGUCCAGUGGUUUUGUCACAAGUUCAAGCCAAAAGUCACUACAGAGCAUUACAGGUCUUAGCUCAAAAUUCCGUCAUGUAGAAGGAAAGGUGCUGCAUCGUGACCUUCACAUAACCAACCUGAAAGGCCUAAACCUGACAGUACCAGGCGAGAGUGAUGGUUUCUGCGUAAAUCAAGAGAGGGUGGCUGUACCAUUAGCAGCUGCAGGUGGACAGAUUGCUGUUCUGGAGAUUUCCAAGCCAGGCCGCCUUCCAGAUGCAUCUUUACCAACUAUCCAGAAUGGAGGAGCAGUAGCUGAUCUCAGCUGGGAUCCCUUUGAUAAUUAUCGUUUGGCAGUCGCUGGUGAAGAUGCUAAAAUCCGCAUUUGGAAGGUUCCUGUAGGAGGGCUGACAGAGACCAUAGCUGAACCAAAGAUGAUUCUUCGAGGUCACACUGAAAAAAUCUACUCCAUAAAAUUUCAUCCCCUGGCCUCUGAUAUCCUGGCUUCAACUUCCUACGAUAUGUCAGUUAGGAUAUGGAACCUUUGCUCGGGAUCACAAGAGCAGCUUCUCCUUGGGCACAAAGACCAGAUAUUUGGCCUGGCUUGGAGUCCAGAUGGGCAGCACCUUGCAACAGUCAGCAAAGAUGGAAAGGUUCGGAUCUAUAACCCACGGCAAUCUGCAGAGCCAGUACAGGAAGGACCAGGACCAGAAGGAAGCAGAGGUGCCCGCUUGGUCUGGGUGUGUGAUGGCAAGUUCUUGUUGGUUUCUGGAUUUAACAGCCGUAGUGAACGCCAACUUUACCUCUAUGGUACUGACUCUCUUUCUUCUGGGCCUGUUUCUACAAUCAGCAAUGAUGUAUCCCCCUCCACUCUUAUUCCAUUUUAUGAUGAGGAUACCAGCACUGUUUUCUUAACUGGAAAAGGUGACACAAGAGUUUACGUCUAUGAAAUUUUGUCAGAACCCCCCUACUUCUUGGAAUGCAACAGUUUCAGUUCAGCUGAUCCACACAAGGGGCUUGCUUUCUUGCCCAAAACAGAAUGCAAUGUACGUGAUGUUGAAUUUGCUAAGGCACUGAGGCUGGGAAGCAACACUUUGGAGCCAGUCAUCUUUCGAGUCCCUCGAGUGAAGAAAGAAUAUUUCCAAGAUGACAUCUUCCCUGACACAGCUGUCUGGUGGAAACCUGCACUCACUGGCAAAGCAUGGCUCUCUGGAUCCAGUGGCAAACAUCAGAAGAUCAGCCUUCAGCCCAAAGAUAUGACACCAGUAAGUUUGGCACCAAAAGAAGUAAUUGUUCGGAAGUACGCACCCUCUUCUGUCUACCUGGAAGAAAAGACGGAUGAACAGAAAAAAGAGGAGCUCCUGAGUGCGAUGGUGUCAAAGCUAGGGAAUCUAGAUGACCCCCUGCCGCAGGAUGCCUUUGAGGGUGUGGAUGAAGAAGAAUGGGAUGACUGAAGUUGGAUUUGAUAUCUGACUUGGUCGCUCUACCUGAGACCAAUACCAUUUUCAAGAUCUCCCCGAAGAAUCAUUCAAAAAGCAAAAUACCUCUGAUUUAUCCGAGUGGCAUUACUGAUAACUGGAAAAUAAUGGAGCUGUGUUACAGGAAUUGCUACAUGCUUUUACAACAAACUGCUGUAAUUUAUGCCAGACUUUCUCUUUUCUUUUUGAACAACUGUAUUGAUUAGAGCCAGUGCAUGAAUGCUUUAUGCAUUCAACAGACAGCAGAGCUGUAUUGUGCAGACAUUUGGUUUUAGUAGAUUACACAUAUGUUCAAAGAACAGUUUCAUCAAGGAAUCAUCAGUUAAGCCCUUACUAAUAGUUACAAUCUACAAGCUUGUUAGCUCAGUGCAUCAGAACCCCAUUCACAGACAUAUGGGGUUUGGAUUGUGUUCCUUCACCUCCUUGGCCAGAACUCGUAAGUGGCCGGUACAUUGCUUGACAUUAGUUUAUAUAAACAUUCAAAGAAGACUGCAGAAUUAUCUUCUGUCAGAUUUUUUUCCCCACAACGUUGUUUUCAUUUCCACAAGGUUGUGUAAAAAAAAAUUGAACUUUUCCAACAUUUUUGAAUUUUAUAUUGCAUCAUUACUUGAUAAGAUGUAUUCAAAGACUACAACCAGUGUGUCAAGUUGACUUUACCAAAUGCAUAUAACAGUAGGGAAAAAUAAAUAUUGAAAGUACUUUUACAAACUGCACUAUAUUCUAUCGCAAAUGGUUACAACUACAUACAUAAAACUACACUUGUUAAGCACUUUUGUAACAAUUUACAGUUUGGGAAACUGCCAGACAUUAUAUUAGGACUUCUUUUGUGACCGAAUAUCAGUGUGUUUUAUGCCAUACAGCUGGUGGAAGAACUUACAAUGGUAUUUGGUAGUUUUUUUUUUCUAUAGUUAAUGACACCUUCAUUUUUCUUCAGCUGUUUCUUUGACUCUCAAUAGGUGUCCAAUGUGCCAUAGUUUUUAUCAUCAAAUUUAAAUUGUCUAGCUGCUGUUGUGGGUGAGCUACAUGAAUAAAGUGUUAGAAAUGUAUGCAGAUUCUCAUCAGUUUCAGGAUUUUCAGGCUCUGUACCAAUCAUCCAAUUAUAGUAAAUGUGGUACUUUUAUGAAGUCUUAUAUCACACCGUAAGCACAGAACACUUCAAUGUCUUUAACUGUAAUAUUAGACUGAGUUACAGACAACAGAAUGUGGGAAAUUUGAUGAAAACAUUAGUUUUAUGUAAACAUUCACACAAAUAUAGUGAAUCUGGACUACGUGGCUUAGCUGCGUUACAAAUGAAUCCUUAACGUUUCUGUAUACCACUUCUUUUCCAGUGCACUCCAUCUGUUCCAUUCAGACUAGAUUUGAAAUGAAUCCUUGUCUGCAGCUCUUGCCUCUGAGCUUUAGUAAACUGGAUCUUUCACUUUGCUUUCUCCAGCAAGUCUAGAGGACAGCAUUUUUUUGUAUUUGAUGUACUAAUCUUAAUAAAACAAAUGUUGAACAUAA